CGGUCUUCACGUAUGCAAAACGACUGCGCAAGCGCUAGGUUGGAAUUUUAGAUUCAACAAAGAUGGCGGACGCCUAGUGGAUAGUCCAGCCAAAUACUGCCAAGAUUCUACUCAGAACUCAAUAAUUACUUCGAAAUUAGACGACUUUAUUAACUAAGGGUAUCAAUGUGAUUCAAAGGGUGGAUAAUUGUACUCGGAUUUGUUUUAUUAUGUACACAUUUUCGUAAACUCGUAAUGCCGUUCGCCUCGAAGAACGAGAAAUCCUGACUCGUGCGAGUUGUGGUCUCAAUAUCUAACGAAUGUAAGGGAGCAAACGUUGUAUGUGGGUGACAUUUGCUGCUUGGUCUGAGAAAGAAAUUCUUCACGAGUCUCUAUUGGAGCCAUGCCGAUCAUGGCUCCGAAUUGUGAGUGGGGGUGGCUGUCCAUCAUGUAUAGCUUUCCACGAUGUGCGACAAAACAGACAGUCAUUCCAUUACAAAUCACCAACGCUGCCAAGUUAGGCUCUCGAUCUAGCCUCUGAAGUAUAGCUGAUCCACUCGGGGAACCAAGUAGUGGAGCUAAAUGGCUUUUGGCAGAUUCUACACUGAAGUAGGGGUUACCAUGUCCUUGCGUCGUGGUAUCAUACGUUUGCUUCCCCCUUGCAAUAGCUGCGACAAGUAAAGAGGUCCAUGGAGUACUAUGGGGGAAAUUUGCUGUCCUAUCGAUAACAGUCACGAUUGUUUCCUCAAUGGACUCAAAAAGGAGAAAUGACAGAUCAAUGCAAAGGGGAGGGGGUGUGGCAUCAUUUGCUUCGUGUCCUGCCAAUCCCCACCCCCAUCCCUCACUCUACCCUUGGGUGAUUGAAGAAUCUUGAUAAUUACCUUUAUUUUGAUAUAAGCUUUCGAGUGAUACAAUUCGUGGUCACGGAAGUUUUCGUCUCCCUUCCUCCUGCAUAAAUUGCACCAGUUGGUUCCCGGCUUAUAACCGGAGAUCCUGCGUCCUACAUCAUCAAAAACCACAUAAAGCCUUGUAGGGAUUUUACUUUUAGCGAGACCACCACCGUGUCCCGUGUCACCGUGUCGAUCAGAACGAAGGACAAGAGCGACGUUUGCCUUCGCGUGUGACUUCAUUUCUGUGGUGUAAACAAAGCCACGAAUCUUCCGGUAUAUCAGCUGCUCUCGAUGUUUCACGGCCUUCACGUCGAAGUGACGAUGCAUCCGAGCAUUGCUCCUUUUCUUUUCUCGUUUUUCCUCCUUUUUCGCAAGAUUUAACAUCUUCUGUGGGUUUUCCCGAGCAAGCAACAACAUAAACAAACCCCACAGCCAUCCCGCGAACGACGUACCCACGUCGAGUGACUUUCAAAUUUAACAACUUUUUUGGUAAAUAAAGAUAUUAAAAGGUAAACUAAAAAAAUCCAGGUAAUAUUAUAAUCUUUCUUUUCAGUAAGUGUAAACUUUAUCCGUGCAGUAAUUUUCUUAUCCCAGCGAUUUGUUGUCAGUACUUCCGCCAAAGUUGCCUCGUAAACGGGAUAAACCUAUUUGUUUUCUUUUGAAAACACUUUCCCGCCGAAAUUGCUCGCGCGCGCCACAUGUCAAAGAUCUGAGCAUGCGCAGUCGUUUUGCAUACGUAGACGCGCGGUCAGCUUCUCGAUAAGACCUCAAAAGUUCCGUUGGGGUCUGAGUCCGACCCGAAGUGGGUCAGCAAAGCGUACAGAAAACAGAGCAUUCUUUACAACUCAACUAUUGAAUCUAUCAUGUACUAAUUGAUCAAACAGGGAUUUGUAAGGUAAGGUGAUGUUUUUUUUUCUAGAGACAAAUGAUUUAGGUUUAGUUUCUUCUUUUCUCAAGCAAGCACGACAGUCCGAUAUCACCGGCUUCGUGAAUGAAAGAUGUGAUUAGCAAAUCGACAACUAAACUCCGUUUUAAAGUACUAUCCCCCCUCUUUAUAUCGUAGUGAAUAGUAAACGAAACACAAUUUAGUUAUUAGCAAGAUAAAAUGACCAGUCACGGGCUCCAAAUUACUUGAAAUUGAAUUGUACUUACAGUACUUACAGAACCACGAAUGAGUUAAAAGACAGCUUACCAUGAUUUUUCGCUUUUUAUAAAAGUAUAUUUUACUAAAUGGUCACUAUUUAAAGUUAAAUCGAUUGUAAGUUAAAUCUAAUGUAGUACAAUAGAUUUAAAUUUCACUUUCUUCCAAUAAAUAGAAAAAAAACCCCACAAGCCCAAACUCAUAAUGGCAAGAUCCCACGUGAUCCAUGAGCUUAUAAGCCUUCUAAAGGCGGGAAAAGCGGAACCAAAGUACCCCUAUAGUAAAUUGAGACGAGAGGGCAGCGCUCAACAAACAAGUCUCUACCGAAGAACAGUGCGUAGGCUCAAACCGAAAGACAAACUAUGUCAAGUAGUACCAACAAUAAGCGCGGACGGGCGAAAUAACGUGCCCUUUCACCUUGCGGAUAUUGCCCCAAGGGCAAUGGCCGAGGAGAUAACCAUGAUUGACAGCGAGAUGUUGUCUGCUAUUGGUUAUGAGGAGGUGACGGGUGGAGCUUUGAUGUCGAUCGAUAAAGUGAAAUCACCACACGUUGUUCAAAUGAUCGACUUUUAUAACAGUAUCGCCGCCAUCACAGCUACAGAGGUGCUGGUAAAAGAACGAUCACGUGAUCGCGCAUAUGUUAUCUCCCGAGUCAUCCAGAUGGCUGAUGAGUGCGUGGAUUUUAAUAAUUUUAACUCCGCCAAAGCUUUGAUGUCUGGACUAAGAUACGUUGCCAUCACUAGGCUGACAAAGACCUGGAAAAAAGUUCCGGAAAAGCAUAAGAGAACUCUUCGACAUCUUUCAAUCAUAACCACAUCUGCUGAUGACAUCGCGAUAUUCUACCGUCACCGGCGAGCUUGUCAGAAUCCUUCUUCCAGCUCUGUGCAUUUCCUUGGCGAUAUACUGGGACAGAUGACAUACAUCAGAAGGUGCUUCGACACACAGCCACUUAUGGAAUCCAAUAAUCGCGGGAAGAAGAGGCAAACAGAGAAGCAAAUAGAAUGCCCCACCCCUGAUAUUAAUUCGGCAGAGAUUGAUGUAAGUGAGGAUGAUAAAGAAGAUAGGGAAACAGGAGGUAUUGAAGUAGGAGCGAUGGUGGAGAAUAAACGUUCCUUCUCUGGCAAUGAACUGACAGAUAAGACCCCUAUUCAAACCUCGUCUUUAACAGACCCUGACGGAAAAGCACUAGAUUACACUCAAGAGAAGACGCCCUCUGUAUCUGAAGCCGACCCAUUCUCUGAUCCCGAGCUAGACGAGACAAAGGCCUUGUUGGAAAGCUGUCUAACGAUUCCACUUAAAGAAGCCGACUGUUCCCGUGGGGAUAGCGUACUGUAUGCAACAGACUCGAACAAAUUGAAGGUAGAGUUGUGUGAUCUGUUUGAGAGCUAUCAAACGGCUGCAAAAGGCUAUAACCUUCGGCGUCACCCUAGCAUUCGGGCGUUCCUUCUUAACGCCGUCUAUAACUCACCCGAAGAGAAUCUCCUGAUUUCGUACACUCGCGAGUCACCACGGACAGACAUUGAGCGACAAGAGAAAGCGCUACUGGAUGAGAAAUUUGCAAUCUAGAGGCGUCUGAAAACAGAAACGAAGCUGUCAACUACAUCAGAGAGGGUCAUGAAAAGUAAUUGACUGUUUAAGGAAAUAUUUUAUUUAGUACAACUGGCCUACGUGUCCAUUUUAUUUACAUGAAGGACUCAAUAGAUUAAAGUAGGUAUUUUCACACAGUCAUUACGUAAACCACAGUAAUGUCUAUUUCUUAUUUCUCUAUCGUCACUGCAUAUCUAACGUUCCAGUCUUUCUUCGGAUCGCUUGGGACUAUGUGAUGUACAACCUUAAAUGUAAGGAAAAAAAAUUAGCCAGGCGGUAUUUAGACUGCGCUUAAAAUAUGUAGACAUAAUGACAACAUAUUAUAUACGGCAUUGACAAGAACAUCAGCAUUUGCAGCUAAA